AUGGAACGACCGGACAAUGUGGGAGACCGGAAAGACCAGUCAAUUAGCAACGGAACUGAAGAGAUACAACUUGGCAGUACUAGGAAUCAGAGAAACUUAUUGGACCCAAGCGGGAAAACAAAGGCUAGAUACGAGAGUGAUGCUGCUAUACUCCAGUUGCGAAGACGAAAAUAUUCCACACACUCAGGGAGUUGCUCUAAUGCUGUCCAAACAAGCACAAAAUGUACUUGUAGGAUGGGAAUCUCACGGAUCCAGAAUCAUCAAAGCAUCAUUCAAAACAAAGAAGGAGGGUAUCACAAUGAAUAUUAUUCAAAGUUAUGCACCCACCGUCACUAUACAUCAACUACAUUGAUUAUGAAAAGACAUUUGACAGUACAGUUACUUCUACUAUACGGAGCUGAAACCUGGAGAACUACUACAACCAUCAUCAAGAAGGUGAAAGUAUUUAUAAAUAGCUGUCUACGCAAAAUACUCAACAUCCAUUGGCCGGAUAUAAUCAGUAACAGCCUUCUGUGGGAAAGUACAAAUCAGCUUCCAGGUGAAGAGGAAAUUCAGAAAAGAGGAUGGAAAUGGAUAGGACAUACAUUACGCAAAUCAUCAAACUGGAUCACGAGGCAAGCGCUAACUCGGAAUGCUGAAGGGAAGCGGAAAAGUGGAAAUCCAAAGAACACAUUAUGUCGUGAAAUAGAAUCAGAUAUGAAAAGAAAUAAUUACAGCUGGAAAGAGUUUUAA